CAAACCCACAUCAUAUUAAAUACUAAAUAUGUUAUAUAAUAUCCAUAAAACAUAUAAUUCAUUUUAAUAUAUAUAGUUGUCACGACUUAUGAUCUCAAUCUCACAGUACCGAUCAAGCUUCAACAAUGGCCAUGGGACGCCGGCGAAUGACCACUCCCUUUCUAACCGUCAUCUCCUUCCUCAUCCUCUGCGGCCUAGCCUACGGCCGUUUCAUCUCCGACCAACCGGAUCUCGUCUCCGAUGGGAUCGGAGCCGCCAGGUUCUCGCCGUUCAUCCGCCUCCCGUCGGCUGAGGAGACCUGCGAGCAGACCUACGGUUUCAUGCCGUGCACCUCCACCGCACUCGGGAACCUCUUCCUGAUCCUGGUGUACGGCUACCUGAUGUUCCUCGCCGCGACCUAUCUCUCAACCGGCAGCGAGCUUCUGCUUGAGAUCCUCGGCCCCGGAAUCGUUGGAGGGCUUUUCCUCCCCAUGCUCGGAGCACUUCCUGAUGCUAUGCUCAUUCUCGUUUCUGGGCUGUCUGGAAGCACAGAAGUUGCUCAAAGCCAGGUCUCAGUUGGAAUGGGACUUUUAGCCGGGUCAACGGUAAUGCUACUCACUGUGAUCUGGGGUACCUGUGUUAUAGUUGGGAAGUGCGAUAUUGAAAAUAAUACUGCCAUAGACUGUCAAGACACGAAAGGCUUCAGUUUUAGUGGUUUGUCUCUUACAUUUUCCUCCAAUUUUCCAAUUCCCGGUUCUGGCAUUACUACUGAUAUCUGGACGAGCUAUGCGGGCAUUAUUAUGGCUGUAUCUGUGAUUCCUUUCAUAAUUGUCCAGCUACCACAAAUCUUGCACAUAAACUCAGGAAGACACUUGACUGUCUUGAUUGGCCUAAUUGUGUCUGCUUCUCUUUUGGUAUCCUAUUGUCUGUACCAGAUCUUCCAGCCCUGGGUUCAAAGAAGGCGACUUGAUUAUGCAAAGCACAAGCACGUCAUAUCAGGAAUCUUGAAGCAUUUAAAAAUGCGUGCCUUUGGCAAACUCGCCACGGAGGAUGGGAGGCCCAAUGUUGAAGUCCUGACAAAGUUGUUUAAAGCGAUUGACGAAAAUGACGAUGGAUACCUUUCGUACUCGGAACUAAGAGCUCUGAUUGUGGGGAUUCAGUUUAACGAGAUCAACUUGGACGAGGAUGACGCUGUAAAGAAAGUGAUGAGGGAUUUUGACAACAGCCGCGACUCAAAAGUCGACCUGCGGGAAUUCAUUAAUGGAAUUGGGAGAUGGCUUGAGGAGGCCAAGCGUGGCAGAGGUUCUCACAGUGGUCACUCCAUGAAGUACAUUGACGAAUAUCAUCAACAAACAAAGAGAGAGCACGACCUUCUGGGAGACCAAAGUGAUGAAAUUGUUGAGAGUGUCGAGAAUCCUCAGUGGACUACAGUAAAGGCCGUGCUUCUGUUGCUGCUCGGAACUCUCAUUGCAGCUGCAUUUGCAGAUCCUCUGGUUGAUGCUGUCGAUAAUUUCUCAAACGCCACAAGUAUCCCUACUUUCUUCAUUUCUUUCAUUUUUCUACCGUUAGCUACAAACUCGAGUGAGGCAGUGUCUGCCAUCAUUUUUGCCAGCCGGAAAAAGCAGAGAUCCGCCUCACUGACAUUUUCGGAGCUUUAUGGGGCCGUCACCAUGAACAAUGUGCUCUGUCUCUCGGUCUUUUUGGCUCUCGUUUAUGUGAGGGGUUUGAUGUGGGAUUUCUCGUCUGAGGUGCUCGUCAUCCUCAUCGUUUGUGUUGUGAUGGGUGUAUUUGCCAGUUUCCGCACGACAUUUCCACUCUGGACUGCUUUGCUGGCUUUCUUGCUUUACCCAUUCUCGCUGGCGCUCGUGUAUGUUCUCGACUAUGUCUUUGGCUGGUCAUAGGUCGAACUCGAUGUGUGUAUUUGUUCGGGUCCUUUGAGUGCUUUUUUUUCUUAUUUCCUGAUGGAAAAUUACCAAUAACAUGGUCCCUCAUUUCACUUGCUGUAAAAAAUUUGAGAGUAUUAUAAUUGGUGAAAAAGAGACUUUUGUUGCCAUCUUUUUGCUUUGGAUGUGUAGUUUCAAUCAUCUGUAGCUUGUGUGGUUGUACUGAGAUUUGUGUUGUGCAUUUACUGUAAAACUCAGAACUGUCCUUUUCUUUUUCAUUUUCGUUUUCUUAUAUUUGUGACUGUGAAAUUUCGUAAAAUUGAACAACAUUACUGAAUAACACUAACUCCUUGUAUUUGUUUACAAGUCUGGAA